AUGGCCGUCGCCGUGACUACGCUGCCCAAACGCUACCUUGAAAAGUCGAUAUGGGAUCAUCUCAUCGACCGCCAGAAGCAGUUCCGGCUUUUCUCUCUCAAAAGCGCCCCGGAAGCUUUUAGUUCGACGUACGAGCGGGAGCUGCAGUUCGCCUGGGACGUUUGGGAGAGCCGUCUCACAAAUCCGCAGGCCACCACAUUCGUCGCCAUCCCAAGCACAGACCCGGAUCAUCUCGACGUGCGCCAGGUCCUGCAUCAUGAGUGGCUCGGGCAGCUUGUCUUAGUCAGGAUGCACCAGGAGGACCGGGAAGAGCUGUCGGCGAAUGCAUCUCCAUGGAUGCAGGAUGAGUUGCCGCAUUAUCACUUUAGCGGCAUGUUCAUCAUGCCGGCUGCGCGCGGCCAGGGAGUAGCUCAAAAGCUCAUCGAGCAUGCCAUCGCCAGCAGCACAACAACCAGUGCUAGGUACACCGUCGUUGUGUGGGCGAAAAAUAAGUCGGCAAGACGCGCCUUCGAGAAAUGCGGAUUCAAGGUGGUUCGGGAGGAGAUGUCCGAAAGUGGAAGCAACGCGCAGGAGUUGGCCCUGGUGUUGGAGUGCGAGUCUUCUCGACGAGUGGAAAAGUUUCUUGGAAGACGGUCAUUCAUCAUGUCUAAGAUCACCGUCGCCGGCGUGCGCACCAACGUCAAGGAGCUCCUUGAGUACUCCAACGAGACCAAGAAGAGGAACUUCCUGGAGACCGUUGAGCUCCAGAUUGGUCUCAAGAACUAUGACCCCCAGCGUGACAAGCGUUUCUCGGGCACCGUCAAGCUCCCCAAGGUCCCCCGCCCCAACAUGGCCAUCUGCAUUCUCGGUGACCAGCACGACAUUGACCGUGCCAAGCACGGUGGUGUUGACGCCAUGAGCGCCGAUGACCUGAAGAAGCUGAACAAGAACAAGAAGCUGAUCAAGAAGCUCGCUCGCAAGUACGAUGCUUUCAUCGCUUCCGACACUUUGAUCAAGCAGAUUCCCCGUCUCCUGGGUCCCGGUCUCUCCAAGGCCGGCAAGUUCCCUACGCCCGUCUCGCACGCUGAGAACCUGUCGGACAAGAUCACCGAGGUCAAGUCCACCAUCAAGUUCCAGCUGAAGAAGGUUCUCUGCAUGGGUGUCGCCGUCGGCAACGUCGAGAUGACCGAGGAUGAGCUGAUUGGCAACAUCAUGCUUGCCAUCAACUACCUCGUUUCCCUGCUGAAGAAGGGCUGGCAGAACGUUGGUAGCCUUACCAUCAAGGCUACCAUGUCUCCUCCCAAGCGCCUCUACUAG